AUGUGGGAGUUCAUUAGGGACCACCCACUCUAUCCCUAUAUAGUUAGUCGCCUUCAGGAUACGGGUUUCUACAGGAUCAUAGAGAUCAGCCAGUUGCAGUUCGAUUGGGCGUUGAUCACGGCUAUGAUAAAGCGGUGGCGACCGGAGACGCAUACAUUUCAUCUACCCAUCGACGAGGCUACCAUCACGCUUGAGGAUGUGGAGAUUCUCUUCGGGCUGCCAGUUGAUGGAUUACCUCGACUCACCGCUUUCCAGCCAGCGGAGGAGACCGCAUUGAGUGGGGCGAGUCGAUUGCAGCUGACGCCCGUCCGGCAACAUCUGGUGGAGAUGAAUGUGGAGAUUACAGAUGAUUCACCGGCGGAGGAUAUUGACUGGCACACGAGAUUGUUUUUGCUGCUGAUGUUUGGUGGUGUACUGUUCCCGAACACUUCGGGAAACCUAGCCAGCUUGAGAUUUAUACAUCAUCUGGAGCGGCUAGAUGAUUUACCUAGCUACAGCUGGGGUGCAGCUGUUCUAGGUUACCUGUAUAGGUAG